AUGACAGAUGUUGUUCCUGAUAUCAAUACCGACGAACGUGUAGAUGAUGCUGAAACAAAACGUAUUAAAUUUGAACAUCGACGAAAUAAUAUAAUAAAAUCUAGUGGUUUUGGUAAACCGAGUGUUUAUCAUGGACUUGUUGUUAUAUUUCUUGAAUUUUUUGCUUGGGGUCUUCUUACUAAUCCUAUCAUUUCAGUACUUAAUCAAACUUUUCCAUCUCAUACAUUUUUAAUGAAUGGUGUUAUUCAGGGAAUAAAAGGUUUAUUAACAUUUUUAAGUUCUCCAUUACUUGGUGCCUAUUCCGAUAUACGGGGACGCAAAUUCUUUUUACUUCUUACAGUUUUCUUUACAUGUUGUCCAAUACCUUUAAUGAAGAUUAGUCCAAUGUAAGUUAAUAGAAAUAAAUAUUGGAUGUCAUAAAAGUUGUCUGAA